AUGACGACGUGCCGUCUGCUGUGCGCCCUGUUGGUGCUUGCCCUGUGCUGCUGCCCGUCCGUGUGCGCAACAACGACUGGCGAAGGUACCGAUAAGGGUAGCUCCAGUUCAACGACUGCUCAGCCACAGGGAACAGGUGGUUCAGGGCCAAAAAAUACUUCCACGGCGCCAAGUUCAACACCUCCGACCGAUGCAUUACCGUCAAAGAGUCAGGACAGUAAAGGACAAGCAUCAGAUACUAGGAGUGAUACCGCAAGAGGGACCGGUGGAGAUCAAAAUGAGGACAGCCCCAGUUUAUCGCCUGCUUUGCGAGAGGGAGCAGGUGUUCCGGGUUCAGCGAAUCCGGGGGUCGGUACUUCUGAGAUUCCGGGGAACGAUGCGAAACAGCCCGAUGGCACGCUCAGUUUUCAAGGGGCAGCAGAUGCGGCGAAACGUAAUGGACCGACAUCAAGUACAGCGGCCAGUGCGCCAGAUUCAGCAGGCCCGGCCAAAACGGUGGAGGAACCGGCAACGAUUUCAGAAACCGGUGGGAAAGGGCCCUCAAGUCAGGCCAGUACUGGACAGACACAAGGUGAAAAUUCCACAUCACAAGGAUCAGGUCCGGGUCCCGGUGUGCCAGGGAGUUCAGGUACAGAAGGUCCGGAGACUAUUCCAAAACAGGAACAGGCAACAAGUGGGGCGACUGGUCAGUCAGGUUUACAAAUUCCGAUCGGUGUGGAUCAGGCAAAAGGUGAAACCGAUCCGUUAAACAAACCGGAUACGACCACGACGAAUACGACGAAUGCACCAGCCACAACAACAACAACGACGACCACUGCCCCAGAAGCAACGAGUACCACGAGUACAGAAGCGCCAAGCACGAUGACGACCCGCACACCGUCACUUCUUCGCGAAAUCGACGGCAGCCUCAGCAGCUCUGCGUGGGUGUGUGCCCCGCUGCUGCUCGCCGUAUCCGCGCUGGCGUACACCACUCUGGGCUGA